AUGUUGGUGAGUGCAGCUGAUAGGUCAUUUUUCUAUCCUCCAACUAAACCUUCUUCUUUGGGGAUAUGUUUUUCCAAAGUUUCUGCCAAUGUUGAUCCUAAAAUCAAUGCUUUUACUAGAAGAAAUCACCAAACACAUUCCUUCUUCACUUCUUGCUGCCACAAACAGCCACCGGUGCCCGUUGAUCCUCGAUACCGGCAUGCAGGAAUUGGUAUUUUAGAUUUUUUUCAAGGGAAGAACAUUUUGGUUAUUGGGGCAACUGGUCUCCUUGGCAAAGCUGUUGUGGAAAAGCUGUUGAGAUCAACAUCGGUGGGAAAAAUCUACUUGCUAAUUAAAGCAAAAUCCAAGGAAGCUGCAUUUGAUAGAUUACAAAGCGAAAUAAUAAGCUCGGAAUUGUUCUCAUGCUUGAAAGAAAAACAUGGGACAUCAUAUGUGGCCUUUUUAAGGGAGAAGCUAAUACCAAUAGUGGGAGAUAUACGCAAGCCAAAUAUGGGAAUGGAUUCUGAAUCUAUUGAUGAAGUUAGGAAAUAUGUACAUGUUAUCAUCCAAUCUGCAGCUUCCACAACUUUUCAUGAGAGGUAUGACUUGCUAGUUAAUUCAAAUGUGAUUGCGCCUCAACGAGUAAUAAGGUUUGCAAAGACGUGCAACAAACUCCUCCUCUUCACACAUGUAUCCACGGCAUAUGUUAAUGAGAGAAAAGAAGAAGAAAUAGUAUUCGAAGAGCCAUUGAGUAUGGGAGGAAAUGAUGGUGGGGUUGAUGUAGCUGAUGAGAUUAGCUUGCUUCUCAAAUCAUCUCCAAACAUAAAUGAGGCCACCAAUUAUUUCAAAAUGCUUGGCCAAGAGAGGGCUAAAACGUUGGGAUGGAGUACAACAUAUCAGCUAAGUAAGGCUAUGGGUGAAAUGGUAGUGAAUGAAAUUAGAGGAGAUGUCCCACUACUUAUAAUGAGGCCAUCUAUUAUAGAGAGUUGCUACAAUGAACCUCUCCCUGGUUGGAUACAAGGAAUGAGGAUGUGUGAUCCAGUGAUCCAAUGUUAUGGGAAAGGAUUAUUGCCUGCUUUUUGUGCAAAUCCUGAAGCACCUUUGGAUAUUAUUCCGGUGGAUUUAGUAGCAAAUACGAUGAUAGCUGCGAUUGCAAAGCACGGAAACAUUUACAUGCGACAACCCCACGUGUAUCAUGUCGCAUCUAGUCAUUCGAAUCCUAUAACAAUAUUCGACCUUUUUGAUUAUCAACAUGAAUACUUUAAAGGGACACACACACACUUAACAAGUGAGAGAAUACAUAUUCCAAAAGUCAGACUUUUCGACAAUUUUGAUGAAUUCUCGAAAUACACAAGAGAGGAAAUGUGGGAAAGAUGCAGAGAUGGUGAAGAUGGAAAGAGGAUUCGGGAGUACAACGCCAAAGUUGAAUAUGUUGAGCAACUCUGUAAGUUGUAUGAAUUCGCCACGUUCUUCAAAGCAAGGUUCCACACAGGAAAUACAAACAAGUUGACUGAAGAAAUGUCAAAGGAGGAGCAGCUUAACUUUCAAGUGGAUGUCAAGAAUAUAAACUGGAAAAAGUAUUUGGAAGAAAUUCACAUUCCAGGACUGAUUAAGUAUGUAAUAAAUGGAUAGGUAGCAAACUAGCAAUAUCUAACUAGCUACACUUUUUCAUAUCUGUCGUAUUAUUCCUGCA